GAAUAAUGCUAAUAGCAACAGUCACUAUGUACACAUGCUGUAAGUUUAGAAGAGUUAUAAGCAUUUGUGAUUUGUGACAUAAUUAAGAGCGUUAGGAAGAAACUUUCCAUAGGGAGAGGUUAUUCUAUAUUUAUCCUCUGUGCAAGCAUUUUAUCUUCCUUUGAAACACCUGGAAUUAGAUGGUCUUAAAGACAAGGCACUGGAUUAGUAGUCUGCACUGGAAUAGUUAUUCCCAUAUUCCUGUAGUCAUUAACAGAGUAAGACAGAUUCUUUUCUAGUUCAUUCAUACAUGCUAUUAAAAUACAGUAUUACUAAAGGCCAAAAAUGUUUGAUAAAUACCUUCUUUCUCACUAACCCUGAUUCACGUGUAUCAAGCAGCCAAUUCCUAAUACGUAUGAGGAGAGUUUCUAAUGCAGGAGAGUAUUUCCUUCAAAGCACUGCAUAUUCAUCCCUAAGACUGAUAGAUUACCUUUGAAUGAACUUACUGUAAGCUGCUGGAGAUUUGGCACAGGCUGCAAAAGCAGUAGAGCAGCAGUGUGAUUGUUACUAGCUACAGCAACAGCCAGCACCGUAACAGCUGAAUACCGUAACAGCUAACAGCAAGGUUGUACACAACUGUAGGAAAAGUUUGUCUUAGCUUUCGGGAUGCUGGAUGCCACCUAGAGGAUUAUCCUCACUGCUGUGCUCUCAGCUGCUUUUCCUCAAAAAAGAGCUCUGCUACCCUUGCCAGGCGCUGCGCGUCAAUGCAGGGCGAGGAGCCUGGGUGAUGAGCCCCCGAUGAUGGUCCAGGGCUGUUCUGCCCCUGGGCCCGGAGGUCUCUUCUAGCUGUCUCUGUACAGCAGUGCGUGGCGUUUGGGAACCACCAACCUUCAGUGAACUGCACCCCCCACAUGGAAAUCAACCUAUGUGCCAUAAGGGCAACCGAGACCUAGCAGCCUCUGCUUUAGUUUCCUCUGGCUGUGCAUUUGCGGGCCACUGUUUCAGAGCCACUUAAGGGCAAGGAAUACAAUUUAAACAGAUGCAGGAGCCUGUCUGCCUCUUUCGUCCUCUGCUCUUCAGGUGUGUCACCGACUUCAAUGCUGACAGUCAGCUUCCACCUAAUCCCAGGAGGAGGUGGCCACAUCCCCUCGGUACCCAAGUUUUCUGCCAUAGAUGUGCACAGAACCAAGGAAGCGCUGCUGUGUACGCUUGCCGGAGAGCGGCAGAAGGGCGAAAAGAUGGAGUGGAGGCUGGGGAAGACGACCCAUGCCCGGAGGAACCUUUUUGGCCCCGUAGACCACGAGCAGCUGCAGCAGGACUUCCAGCACAUGCUGCACAGCAGCGUCGAGGGAGCCCAGCAGAAGUGGAACUUUGAUUUCCUCCGGGACGUGCCAGCCGAGGGGCUUCUGCAGUGGGAAGAGCUUGAGGGCCACCAGGUGCCUGCCUUCUACCACAGCUGCGUGGUAGGGGACUCUCAGAGACCUCUGCAGCACUUGAACUGGCCCCUGGGCAGGGAGGAUAAGAUUCACCACUUUGCCCAGAUGGCACUGACUGAGAAACCCAAAACUUCCAAGAAAACAGGGAGCAAGAGGAGCCCAGAAGGGAAAAAGCGAAGACAGACAAGACAGACUUCUCUGACAGAUUACUACUCAGCAAAGAAGCGAGUCAAAACGAAUACGCAAGCUGCUGUAAAAAAGUCAACUUCUUGAACGGGAGCACAGGAUUGUUCUGCACCGGGGAGGUUGGAGACAUCUGUCAAGUUGCCUCGACGCUCAGAAACCGUGUGCACAGGCUGCAGACACUUAGAGGCAUCGCACAGAAAGAUACUCAUGACAGCAGCAAUGAAAGGUCUUUUGGGCAAAAAAAACUUUCAUCGGAAAGGGGUCAGGCCAAAUCAACUGGAAUCACUUUAAUGAGAAAUGACUAGCCUUAAAACCUGCUGGUAAGCAAGUUAGGAUGCUACAGCAAUCAGCUAAGGCUAGCAGUUUAACAUGCGUUACAAAUAACUCUGCAUGAGAAAGUGGCAAACAGUUAUAGCUGUAUAUGUGUAAUAAUGUGCUUGGACAUGUCAUUGUACAUGUGGGGCCUUUUAUUGUUAUGCCUUUACACAUCCUCUGUCAUGGUUUUAGCAGUGAUGCUUAAUAAGUUUCACCACCUUUGCUUUAUAGGUCUGACAUACAAAAAAGUUCCCCAGCUCUUCUAUGAUGUUUUUCAGGCGUAGGAUAUAUGCCUGUUUUGUGCUUGCAACUGUUUGGGGCAUAAACAACAGAAUUUAGGUGCCAAAUGUCCCUGUACUGCUGGGAUGAAAACGGAGGAAGCUGAUAUUUUUCUCGGGAAAGUUUCCAUUUAUAUCAGCAGCCCUUUUAGCCCUGUGGAUCCCUUCUGGAUCCACCCAAGAAUUAGGCAGUUAACCUUAAAUGUUAUAGGUAGAAAUUUGCAAACAUUUUUUUUGUAUCUAUCUUUCAAGUCAUUCCUGUUAUCAGCUGGGCCAAAUUCACCCUUCAUUUUUGGUUGUGCUCUUCCACCUAUGUCUAUAAGUUUGCAUGGUGAAAUGAAGACAAAACAGGCUGUGCGUUUGUCCACAAUAUUUUAAAUUGCCUGCUGCCUGCCAGAACAUGCUAAGAAUGAGGGAGACGGUUUAGUUGCCGUAUUGUGCUUCUAUUCAAACUGAUAAUAUAUUUCUAUAAAAAGAUAAAGAGCAUUAAUAGCACUGAAAGUUCUGUUCCUCUUGCUGUUACAUGGACUGCUUUUUCUAGGGCAUUUGGUAACAUAUCCCUUUCCACCACCUCCUUUUCAUUUCCCAUCUUCAUUACCCUGACUGCUUGGGAUAAUUGAGGUUUUACAGCACAUAAUAAUCAGUGGGUAAAACAGAAAAUGAAACCUAUAAAAUAUACACUCGAAAUUAUACCGCCGCAUAUGGCCUGAAGAUGCAUUUGUAGUGAGCACAUUUGGAAAGACCUCUGCAAAUGUGAGCAUUUUAGAACUUCAUACAGUGAUGGAACACGGCUUUUUUUUCUCAAAUCUACACAAACCAAGGCCUUUCUUGGGGAGUAAAAAUGCAUGUGCUCACACACACGUGUCAGCUGUACACAUGAGAUGUGUUUUAAGGAAGCAGUACACCCUGCAUUACAUGUAACAUCAGGACGGAUUAGUGUCUUUUUUUCCCCCCCAACAUAAGAGCUAGAAUGUUUAGACAUAAGUAAUAGUUGGUUUCGCCCGGGUGGCAGGAUGCCGUUCCUCUGUGUGCUGAGAUGAGGGCGCUCAGCAAGUCGCAGAAUCGGGGCCUGUUUCCAGCUGCAUGCCAAAGAGCAUCACAAAAUGUGAUUUUCUCUUUUGAAUUUUUGAUUUUGUAAGGAACUGUGGAAACAAAACUUGCCGCAGUAAAGGGAGUUUUAGCUAAAUGAAGCAGGAUGAGGGCCUGCUUUGCUGGCAAGUGCUGCUAGCAGUGCAUUCAAUGUGGUUGUGGGCCAGACCCUACUCUUACAAGCUUUUCAUCAAGUUGAGAUGCAGCAUAAAGGUGUGGAGUUAGGCUUUUUGUGUGAUUGACUGUUUUUAUUUUUAACUUUGCUUGUCACUAGAACAGAACAAUAUAUAUAUUUUUAAGUGUGCGAUUUUUCUGUAGCUCAGAAAAAUAGCACAACUGUUCCUCAGGGGUCUGUGAUUUUAAAUCAGACCAGGGACAUUGUGCAGCUUUUUUUUGUAGCAACGUUUUGCAGCAUUACUUUCUGACCAGGAUGGCAUGAGCUGUGUGUAGAAGGCCGCAAGCCUGCCAUGCACAAGGUCACUGUGAAAUUGCUGAGUCUCUUUUCUUUUCUUUUUUUUUCCCCAAGGGGAAAAGGGAAACUUCUUUUUAUUAGGAGAAAUAACGACUGUCGAUGCACUGCUAUCCCAGCACAACAAGAAAGCUAUUUUGGAACCAAUGUGAAAAAAAUCCUAAGUGCUUAUGUGUAUAUUUAAAAGGACAUAUUUGCUUUAACUGCUUUGUGAUCAGGACCCUACAAUGUCCUGGGAGUUCAUAAACAGUUGUUUAAGUUAUCAGCAAAUUGAACACCACAGCUUUCGAUUCACAACACAGAUAUCAGCUCAAGAGUGGAAUUUCAAUAGAUUCAGACGGAAAGGGCAAGACAACGGUUUAGAAUUAGGCCUGUCCAUGUUUAGCUCCGAUUGCGACUGUUAGUUCAGUGCUGUGGUAAAAAACCAAUUGUCUGCUGAUUAGACGGGGUGAUGUCUUUGUUUACCGACUACGCAUUCAUUAAUGUUUUUUGGAAUGACAUAAUACUGGAAAUGAAGAUACAUGGUAAUACAAAAGAAGGGGAUGGGGGGAAUGGUGUUUUCAUGCCAGUGUUUGCAAUUGGAAAAUUGUUAUACUUGUACCACAGGGCCCAAUCCUUCUCCAGUAUACAUCACUAUAGCUCCACUUAAGUGCAGUAGAGCUACCUGGAUUUGCACUGGAGGAGAAUUGAGACUGAGAUGUUUUGCACUAGUUCUUUUUGUUACUUUACAGAAUAAAGCGACAAGCAGCUAUGUAAAGCCAUUGCCUCCCUUCUAUAUACACAGGUUUUAAAAGGUAAAGAAAAAUGGUUUCUGCAAUAGCAGCAUUGUGGAUGUGGCAGCCAAAAAUGACAGCAAACUUCUGAUUAGUGUCUGGGCUCCAUCAUCAACAGGGUAGAUAAAGCAUGUCAGUCUUUUAUUUCAUUACCAUUCUGAUGGGGAUACAGUCAAGUGUGGAAUAUUUCAUUCUUUUGUUCAUCCUGUAAAUUGCACUUUCUUGCAUGCAAAGGGAUAUGUCAGUAUGUAGCAAAGCUAUAAUAAUAAUAUUUUUAUUAUUACGUGGGUCUAAAACGUUCCCAUUCUUUAAGUGGAUGGAGGAGCCAGCAGACCUGGAAAGACCUGGAAAGAGCAGUACCCCAAAGCUUUGGUCUGCUUCGCUCUGUGGCAGAAACAACGCGCUGGGUGUACCUAGCCCCGUUCUGUAGCAAAGGGCUUGUUUGCUGUCCACCGAGUUGGGUUGUCCGCCUCGGUACAUGGCCAUACACUAAACCCCAGAACAGCACUUUCUCGUAAUGAGGAGCAAGGAGGGGUGUUCAGAAACUGAAAGAAAUUUGGGCAUUAAAGGAACGGUAGCAGCACUGUUCACAGGUCUUAUGCAGCUGUCUUUACACGUGUGAUUACGCAGCAGAAGGGAAACCACAUCAGGAAUCCACAAAAUAUUGUAACCUCAGUACGUUGAUAAGUAGAUACAACUACGUCCACCUGAGCCCUCCUCCUUCCCCUUUUCUGAAGAUAAACUACAUACAUGACUCAGGGUCAUAUAUUACUGAACAGCCACAGCCUAGCUGCCACUGGUGCCAUAGUGUGACCAGCAUACACAUUAGGGAAGUAUGCAGUUCAGGAUUUUACCAUCCCAGAUAAAUGUGCCCCAUGUGCAAAUGGGACAGAGCAAGUCCAAGAACAGCUAUUGCACUUGCUUUAUGUUUUGUACAAGCAUGGAAAUCAUCUCUCAGGUAUGGAUCAUUUCAUUAAAUUCCUUUCAGCAGCAACUGGAGAAUGUUGUUCCGCGUGGGCAAGAUAGCCAGGAAAAGAAAUAUUCUCCAUGCUUUUAGUUAUUUUCAGGAUGAUACAAAUAUAGUUUUCUGCUUAAAGCAGCUACUCUGCAAACUAUCCAAGUACCCUUCUUUAGGACAGAAUUAGUUUCCUAGAAAAUCUGUCAACUUGCUACAGUAGAUGCUUUAUAAUUCCACCAUCACCUCUUGGGUUCCUGUUAAUAGGCAUUGGGGGUGGGCCUUAAAAUCAUAGAAAUGUUUGGCUGGAAGGGACCCUAUGAUAUUGUCUCAUCCACUCCCCUGCUUUAGGGCAGGAUCAGGACUUAUUUAUUCCAAAGCUUGUGAACUACUGUGAGAAAUGGUUUGCUCGGUUCAUGUGGCAAAUACAGUGGGUAGCCGAGGUCAACAAAGUUCCUCCUGAGGUUCAGACAGUUUAUGUUACACAAGGUGCUUUCCUUCAGGUAUUAAUUUCACUUUACUUGUAAUGUUGUAAUGCUACAGAUUCAGUUAAAUUCCGUGUGAGGAAGUUGGUGUUCUGAACCAUUUCGUUGUCAACUGUGGAUAUUUGCCAUAUCAUCAAUAAAAGCUGGUGCAUAUGUA